GUCGCUAAGUGACGUCAUUAGACUGCGCGGCGGCGCUGCAGAACCCUUGCUGUGAUCACAGUGGCUCAAAGCCAAGGGCAGCUGAUUGUCUGGAUUUAUGGUUGCAGUUAACAAUGAAGAGGAGGACAGACCCAGAAUGCACUGCUCCCAUCAAGAAGCAAAAAAAAAGAGUUGCAGAACUUGCGCUGAGCCUCAGCUCCACAUCGGAUGAUGAGCCUCCCACCCCUGUCAGUCUUCCAGCGAAAGUUUCUGUGACAAGCCUUAGUGAGUCUGACAGUGAGAAUGAAGGGAAGCCACGCAGCUCUGACUCUUUCGACGAUGCAUUCAAAGCAGACUCGCUUGUGGAGGGGACGUCUUCUCGCUACUCCAUGUAUAACAGUGUCUCCCAGAAGCUCAUGGCCAAGAUGGGCUUCAAGGAAGGGGAAGGAUUGGGCAAAUUCAGCCAGGGUCGGAAGGACAUUGUUGAAGCCUCUAAUCAGAAGGGUCGAAGAGGCCUGGGCUUGACUCUGCAGGGCUUUGAUCAGGAGUUGAAUGUGGACUGGCGAGAUGAGCCAGAGCCCAGUGCCUGUGAGCAGGUGUCAUGGUUCCCAGAAUGUACUACGGAAAUUCCUGACACUCAGGAAAUGAGUGAUUGGAUGGUUGUGGGAAAGAGAAAGAUGGCUGUUGAAGAUGAGACACAGUUCUGUGGGGUGGAGCUGCUGCACAGCAUGCUGCAGUGCAAGAGCGUGUUUGAUGUCCUCGAUGGGGAGGAGAUGCGGCGAGCUCGGACCCGGGCCAAUCCCUAUGAGAUGAUCCGAGGAGUCUUCUUCCUCAACAGGGCAGCAAUGAAGAUGGCUAACAUGGAUUUUGUGUUUGAUCGCAUGUUCACAAAUCCCCGGGACUCUGAUGGGUUGCCCCUGGUGAAAGACCGGAGCGCUGAGCUUUUGUACUUUGCUGACGUGUGCUCGGGCCCUGGCGGCUUCUCCGAGUAUGUGCUGUGGAGGAAGAAAUGGCACGCGAAGGGGUUUGGGAUGACUCUGAAGGGCCCCAAUGACUUCAAGCUGGAGGACUUCUACUCGGCCUCCAGUGAGCUCUUCGAGCCGUACUAUGGUGAGGGUGGGGUUGAUGGAGAUGGAGAUAUCACCCGCCCAGACAACAUCGCUGCAUUCCGGAACUUUGUCCUGGAUAACACAGAUCGCAAAGGUGUCCACUUUCUAAUGGCUGAUGGGGGCUUCUCCGUGGAGGGGCAGGAGAACCUGCAGGAGAUCCUCAGCAAGCAGCUGCUGCUGUGCCAGUUCCUCAUGGCGCUGUCAGUCGUCCGCACAGGAGGCCACUUCAUCUGUAAAACCUUCGACCUCUUCACACCCUUCAGCGUGGGGCUCAUCUACUUGCUCUACUGCUGCUUCGAACGUGUGUGUCUCUUCAAGCCUGUCACCAGCCGGCCUGCCAACUCCGAGAGGUACGUGGUGUGCAAGGGCCUGAAGGUGGGCACGGACGACGUGCGUGAGUACCUCUUCUCGGUGAACAUGAAACUCAACCAGCUGCGGAACACUGAUGCCGACGUCAACCUUGUGGUCCCCCUGAAGGUGAUCAAGGACGACCAGGAGUUUACUGACUACAUGGUCCGCUCUAACGAGGGCCACUGUAGCCUGCAGAUCAAAGCUUUGGCCAAAAUCCAUGCCUUUGUUCAGGACACGACCCUGAGUGAGCCUCGGCAGGCGGAGAUCCGGAAAGAGUGCCUUGGGCUCUGGGAGAUUCCGGACCAGGCUCGAGUUGCUCCUUCUUCUUCGGACCCGAAGUCUAAGUUCUUUGAGCUGAUCCAGGGCACGGAGAUCGACAUCUUCAGCUAUAAGCCUACGCUGCUCACUGCCAAAACCCUGGAGAAGAUCCGGCCUGUGUUUGACUACCGCUGCAUGGUGUCCGGCAGCCAGCAGAAGUUCCUCCUCGGCAUGGGGAAGUCCCAGAUCUACACGUGGGACGGCCGCCAGUCCGACCGCUGGGUCAGGCUGGACCUGAAGACGGAGCUGCCCCGGGACACGCUGCUGUCUGUGGAGAUCGUGCACGAGCUGAAAGGGGAGGGGAAGGCCCAGCGGAAGAUCAGCGCCAUCCACAUCCUUGAUGUCCUCGUGCUGAAUGGCAGCGAUGUCCGGAACCAACAUUUUAACCAGCGAAUUCAGCUUGCUGAGAAGUUUGUGAAAGCCGUUUCCAAGCCCAGCCGGCCCGACAUGAACCCCAUCAGGGUGAAGGAGGUGUACAGGCUGGAGGAGGUGGAGAAGAUUUUUCUCAGGCUGGAAAUGAAGAUCAUCAAGGGCUCCAGCGGCACCCCGAGGCUCAGCUACACAGGGAGGGACGACCGGCACUUCGUGCCCACGGGCCUCUACAUCGUCAGGACAGUGAACGAGCCUUGGACCAUGGGCUUCAGCAAAAGUGUCAAGAGGAAGUUCUUCUACAACAAGAAGACCAGGGACUCCACCUAUAACAUCCCCACAGACUCCAUCGCCCCAUUUCAUGUCUGCUACUUCAGCCGGCUCUUCUGGGAGUGGGGAGAUGGCAUCCGCGUGCAUGACUCCCAGAAGCCGCAGGACCUGGACAAGCUGUCCAAGGAGGACGUCCUUUCCUUCAUCCACAUGCACAGCCACUGAGCUGGCUGGCGCUCCCGGGCAGGGCGCUCUGUGAAGGCCUAGGGCGCCAGCGGGGCCUUCAGAGGAUGUUCUUGGGCACCUGCUCCUGAGGCACCCAGAGGACAGGGCACAGGGCUUUGGGCACUGCUGUUCUCUUGGGACUCCUGAAAUCUCAAUUUUCUGAGUCGGCACCACCUGCAGGCAGCCGUGGGCCAACCCUGGGUGGGUAGAGCUCGCUGUGGUUUCUGGCCAGGAGCAGCUGUUGUACAAGUUAGUUUUGAGUUUGCUGUGUUGACGCCAAGCUGGAGACGACUCUGUCUCCUUCUCCUCCCGAGCCCUUCCCUGGAGUCCAGCCCAGCUCUGAGGUCCUAACGGGCCUGGCACUCCCAACACUUGACAUCAAAGCUGUGUUGUCUUUGGUACCGGCUGUGACUGCGGAGCUCUCCUGGGCCACCCCGUUUUUCAUCCAGAAGUAGCUCAAAGAGGGCAGGACGUGGCCCAGGAGACCUGCCUUUCCUCUCCCCUGAGCAGCAGUGGGCACCCGCCUGUGCCCUGGCCGUGUUAGUGUUGAGCUGGAGGUCACCCCUCUUCUGCUUUUCUCUGCCCGUGGCUCCUCCAUCUCAGCCGAGGGAAGAGGAAACAGGGCAGCAGCCCUGGGCAGGGGAAGGCACUCUGCAGAGGUUGCUUUUAACAGAAAUAACCUUUCAGAGAUGCUCCUGUGACUCCCUGGGGCCCCAGCCUGGUGCCAGCCUGGUUUCCAUGGAGCCAAGGCACCGAGGCUCCUAGGAGGUUGGAAUUGACGCCACAGGGCCCUCCACCGAUACCCAGGCUGGCGGUGGCAUGGUGGGGACACUUCCACCCAGCUUGGGGCUCGACGGUACGUCCUUGGUUCAUUAAAGGUGAACGUAUUUUUAAUGCCUGUGUGGCUCGGUGCUCUGUGGUUUGGCUUGAGCCGGAGGUGGGAGAGGAGGCUCUAGUCAGAGUUUGUUCAGCCCAAGCUCCUAGGCCCUGUCGAGCUCCUGGGUGCAGUUACAGGCAGGGAUGGGGAGUGAAUGAACCCACACCCUUGGGGUGGGGGGGACCUUCGCUCUUACAUAAAUCACACAGCUCACGCGGUGGCACUGUGACAAUCCAGGAUCAUCUACGGGACUAAAAUAACAGGCGUCAGACCAAUUAGUGGCACAGAUGGGCUGAGAGGGAGGGAGAGGAGGGCUGUGCUGACCUGGCCGGUGGCCACCUGUGCCUCCCCAGGCCUCCUCCCCAUGGCUGGUGCCUAUGUACCCGCCUUUUGGCCCGUGCCAGAGUCGGGCCAGGGUGAGGGCUCCACCGACCACUGCAGCCUCUGCCCUGACCCCGCCUGACCCACUGGCCACUGUCACGGUACGUCGGUGGUCAUGACCAAGGCACUCAGUGCCCACACUCUCCAGGCCUGCUGGGCUCGGCAAGAUGAUGAACUCCGUGCUCCCCGGGGACCUGCACACCACCACUUCGAGUCCCUGGGCCGUCCUCACGGCCCAGGGUGCAUUUUCCUUGCCACAAUCACAGCCAAGGCUCGUGCCAGGUGCCGUAGGGGGUUGGCAGGUGGCACGGCAGCUGCUUGCCUUCCCUUCCUUCUGAACUGUGCCAGGAACUUCGGGAUCUCCUCUCCCCUUGGUGCCCACCCUGCUGCCCGAGCUACUCAGACCACGACAUUUACUCAGCAGACAGCAGCGGCCUGGUGUUCUUUAUUGCCUGGCUUUUGGGCCAAGAGAGGAGCCAACAUCGUACCGUUCUUUCCCACACCCAGGCCCACACAGGCCAGGCCGGGGCAGGGCCCCAGGAGGCCGCCUCACUUGAAUGCCUGAGUGUUCGAGGUGCCCAGAUCCUCUGGAGGCGUCACUCACAUGGUCCAGUGGGCGUAGAGCAGGGCCAGGAGGAUGAAGAUGGCCACCGAGAGCAGCAUGUUCUUCCGGUUCUCCUGCCGAAGCAACUUCAGCUCCUUCUCUGUGGGGUAAAAGGGUGGGCACAGACAGGCUUUCCCAAGGUCCACGUCACUGCAGGCAGAGGGCCCCAGGCUGUCCAGAUGCUCACAGCCGGUCAGCUCCAGGUCUGGGCCCCAGGUCCUGCUGCCAAAUGCCAUUCUCUUCAGACGCAGUUGAGGCCACACCCGAAAGUCAAGCUAGGUGGUGGCAUUGCUGGGGGAGUCCUCGGGCCUGUCCGGGUGGGGCCCGUGUGCUCCACCUUCCCAGAAGCUCUUUCCCCAACAGCAGGCCCUCUGUGUGCUAGGCAGGGGCCCGUGUCCCUAAUGGGUGCCCAGCGGUUUGAAGAGUGGCAGUUUGCUCCAUGAGGCGGUGGCUCCCAAGUCUAGAAAAGCCAGCCUGCCGCUGUCCUGCCACGCCUGCCAUUCGACAUACAACAUACACUGAAGCAAAUGGUGAAAACGGAUGCCCUACCCAGCCUUGCUCUCACAAGGGGCCAUGGGAGAGGCUGGACGGAGCCAGGGUGCCUAGGUGAUUCACAGCGGUCCUCUGGGCCUCCCCCUUGGGGGGUGAAAGGGAAACACCAAGAGCCCCCUGUAGACCCUUUUCCCUGGCCUCGGCCGGUGACACGUGGGCUCUGCCUAUCUGUGCCCAGAAGGUGGCAGCAUCGCUCCAUGCACAGAGGCACUUCCCACCCAAGGGGGCUGUUUUCCUGUACCCCCACUCUACUAUCAGGGUCCCCACAGGGUGGUGGGGGAGCGGUGUCAAUGUCUGAAGUCCGAGUGGAGCGGAUGGGGCUACGGCCACACCGUCACCCCAGAGAGAAGACAGCCCCCCGCGGCUGCCCCUCUGCCUCUCCUGGGACACAAGCACUCGGAGUUCUCCCAGGCUGCUGGAUCCUUCAAAGAACAGCCUUGCUCCUGCGGGUCUGACAGGCUCUGUGGCGCUCCCACCCUGGGAACAGGAGUCCCGGCUGGUCGCCCCAGGGAACUUUCUUACCGUAGUUGGAAGCUCUGCUCAUGAGGCUGUUUUUCUCCUUCUCCAGAGACAGCCUGUGAGGGGAAGGGGGGGACAAGGGCUCAGCUUUUAGGGACAGGCAGGGACGUCCACUUGGGGACCCAGGACAUUGUGGGGCAGAGGUGCUACCUGUCCUCGUGGCUCAGCUCUGCCCCGUGGAGCCGGCAGCUCACAGCCUCCAGGUCCCGCUGGCACCGGGUCAGCUUCUCCUCCAGCCCGUCGAUCUGGAAAACACGGUCACGGCCAUGGCACCGGCUUGGGUGUCUCCUUGGGAAGGCGCUGCACCCCAAGCCACAUCUGGUUCUGCUGGGCAGGCACCCAGCAUCACCUCCCCGGGUGCCACCUGCUGUCCUUCACCCAUGGCUGCAGCCUGAGCCCCUGGAAACAGGACUCAGAACUGUCCCCACCCUCAGCAAGAGCAGGUCGGCACAGGAGCAGCCUGACCACGGGCGCCCACGCGGGUGACCACCCGGGACCGAAACCAGGAAUUUUCUCACUAAAACACUAGCGCAGUCUUAAGUUGUGAUACAGAGAUUCAGUGAGAAUCAAUAAAAAUUUAAAAACAA